AUGGCCUCCUUCUUCUCCGAUGACAGUGGUGCUUCUGAUGCAGAAUCCCGCCGCCGCUUGGUGUCCCUGCCGAAGGCCAUCUCCCCAGGUCGACGUGCGGGAGGCAUGUUUUUCGAUGAUAGUGACCUCGAGGACGCGAUCACCUUAGGCAGCCCUAGCUCGCCAUCAUUUCAGGUCCAAGGUGCACCGCCACCAGCUGCGGGCGCAUUGUCACGCCGGCCAGCGCCGGGUUUCUUCCAUGAGGAGUCCACCGCUGAGGCUUUCGACACCUUUGCAGAGGCCCUGGACACACCCGAUGCGCCACAGGCUGAUUCAUCGGCUGCGGUGCAGGCCAAACCCAAGGCGAAGGCCAAAGCACAACAGCCACCUGCCAAGGCCAAAGGGGCGCCAAAGCCAAAGGCCGAGCGACCGCCCAGCUCGCCUGCGCGAAGCCAGCAGAGCUCACGGGCCAGCUCGCCCGCCACCGGGCGGCCCAGGCCCGGUGCCCUAAGCUCCUCCUUGUCCGAGAGCGUCCGGGCUGCGAAGCAGGCGCCGGCAUCACAGCGAGCGAAUUCCCCCGUCCAAGGUCCACUCUUCCAAAUCAUCACACUCUUUCAACUCAGUCGACAAGCGCAGAAGGUGAAGGUCCUGGCCAGCCACUUUCAAGACUUGCCCAAAGAGAGUCCAUGUGGAUGA